CUCCCGAUCACCAGCUCGGCCUUAGGGGAGGGGGCUCCCGGGGUCCGCCCUCGGCCCGACUCUGCACCCCAGGGAAGAGGCUCCCAGAUCCUCUGGUCUUCUGGAAUCGACCCGCCUCUAACUGCUCCGCUUGGCUCCAGGAGGAGGGGCCCCCAAGGCUCGGACUUUGGGCCAGUUUGAGGAGGGGGCUCGGGGACCUCUGAUCCUGGAGCUCGGAGGGCAGGGAUGCCUGCUGGGUCUAGUGCGCUGACCCGGGGACCGUCGAGUCUGGGAAAUCUGGUUCUGGGUGGCUGCAGACAGAGCAGCAGAGGUGAGGGGACAGAGCGACCUGUGAAACGGGCACACGAAGGCUGUGGGUGGGGGCUGCCCCGGGAGGCUCCAGGUAGCCAUCACUCUGCGAGCGCCGAGCCGGCCAGCAGCGGGGACCGGGUGGGCUGAGUCUUUGCUGCUGUCCUGCUGGGUCCCGCCCCUCCUGGCCCCGCCCCGAGGCGGUGCUAGCUCCGCCCCUGGGCGGGCACUUCCGGCGCAGCGGAACUCCGGGUGCCGGGUGAGGUUGCCGCCGGAUCGCCUCCGUAGGCUCGGACGAGGACCCAUGAGUGCGGCGCCCCUGGUGGGCUACAGCAGCAGCGGCUCCGAAGAUGAAUCCGAGGCCGGAGUGCAGACCAGGCCGGGGUCUGGGGCCUGCCGUCGUGGCCAGAGCCCCCCUCCCAGUCAGAGGUUUCCCGUACCUGACAGUGUACUGAACAUGUUCCCUGGCACCGAGGAGGGGCCUGAAGAUGACAGCGCAAAACACGGGGGACGGGUGCGCACCUUCCCCCACGAGCGGGGCAACUGGGCCACCCACGUCUACAUACCAUACGAAGCCAAGGAGGAGUUCCUGGAUCUGCUUGACCUGCUGCUGGCCCGCGCCCAGACCUAUGUGCCCCGGCUGGUGAGGAUGGAGGCGUUCCACCUCAGCCUGUCCCAGAGCGUGGUUCUGCGCCACCACUGGAUCCUCCCCUUCGUGCAGGCUCUGAAAGAGCGCAUGGCCUCCUUCCAGAGAUUCUUCUUUACUGCCAACCGGGUAAAGAUUUAUACCAAUCAAGAAAAAACCAGGACCUUUGUUGGGCUUGAGGUCACCUCAGGGCAUGCCCAGUUCCUGGACCUGGUUUCAGAGGUGGACAGAGUCAUGGAGGAGUUCUGCCUUACCACUUUCUACCAGGACCCUUCGUUCCACAUCAGCCUGGCCUGGUGUGUGGGUGACACGCGUCUCCAGCUGGAAGGGCAGUGCCUGCGGGAGCUACAGGAAAUCGUGGAUGAGUUUGAAGAUGCCGAGCUGCUGCUGCGUGUGCACACUGAGCAUGUCCGCUGCAAGUCUGGGAACAAGUUCUUCUCCAUGCCUUUGAAGUGAGCACCAGACGCAUGCCUAUCCCAGGCCCCUCUGCAGGCCAGGCAGAGGUGGAGAAGCUGGCUAGAACCGCCUGGGAUGCUUCUAGCCUCCCGCUAGGAGGCCCCAGCCCUGCCUUCAGCCUGGCAGGAGGUAUAGCCACUCCUCAUCCUCCCUAGGGGCUCCUCUCUUCGUCCCGGCCCUUUUGGGUUGCAGGUUGAGAGCGGCUGUGUUGUGGUCAUUCCUACAAAUUGCCAGUAGAGGGCAGCCUGGGCAUCUUAAUCCUUGCUCUAUGGUGUUUCUGCAAAAAAAAAAAAAAUAUUGGGGUCACCGGUGAGCCCACCCACACUCAGCCAGAAUCUCCACUGUAGUCCCUCUAAUGAACAGCCCCUCCCCGCCCUCCCCCCUGCCCCCACUUCACAGUUUGCAUUUUGAUGCCAUUGGCCUCAUCAUGCCCUGGUUCAUCCCUGGUCAAGCCAGGACAUAGAGUGCUUCAGUGGGUCUGUCACUCUCCUUCCUUGACGCAUGUCGCAUUUAUUUAUUUACUUUUAAUCUCACCCCCAUCCUGUGCCAGCAGAGGCCAUUUCAGGGCCAAGGUACAGGGUGCUAAUUUGUGGUUCAGCACCAGUUUUCUCCAUUCCUUCCUCCCACUCGCCCCCAGCCAGGUGCCUGGGGAGACUUGAGCAGAUGUUUCAUUUUGGCCGGGCCGGUGGCCAAAAGCCAGGCCUCCAACGCACAGUGACCUCUGGCUUCCCGCUUCCCGGUCAGCUUGCCCAAAGAGGCAGAGAGGGCCCUUCCCCCAGCCAAACUUCUCCCCCUGUUGCCUCGUCCUGCCUGCUGUGGCCUGCGGGCACUCUGAGGGGGACCACGGAGGUGGGCCCGGGGGGAUGUACAGGAUUUUUAUUUUUUGAUCAAGCCCUCUUCAGGGUGAAGCCCCCGUCCUCUCCAGUUGUCAUCUGGAUUGCUGGUGAUGGAUGAAUAAAUCUUUCUAUGUUAUAGUUUUAGAUUAUGUUCACCGAAUAAAAAUUGCAUUUUUUAUUUUG